UCCGAUUUGAAAAUCCACUGAGAUAAUGGUCCACUGCGGCAAUGCUUUGGGACAACCAUUUCGGCUAGCAAAGAUCGUGUUUUCAUCAUUAUUAUUUCUGAAAUUAAAUUUUAGAACGAGUACUACAGCCGCUGCAAGAAUAUUAGUUACAGCGUAGUAAAUUAAGUGCAACGACAUGGAUGUGUUCUUUCUUUGCCGGGGACUGUAUGAUGUCACCUUCACGGAACAAUUCUUGGACUAUUUCACUUAUAUGUUUAAACUAAAUGUUUUUUCUUAAUUUGUUGGGGGAAAAAAAAUCUAGAUCCCACCUAAUGUUAUCAUCACCAUGGACAGGGAUGCUUACCGCAACUGCUGCAGUCUGGUCAAAAUCCCUCGACAGUCCUACGACCAAUUCUGCUCGUCGCAUUUCGUCGACUACAUCGACAAUGAUUUGUCUUACUCCAAAUUCUUCAAAAGAUACCUGCUCCCUAAUCACCCGUGCGUCUUCUCCAAGCGAUUUACCGAGGAGUGGAAGUGUAGGAAAGAAUGGGUGACCGAGGAGGGCAAGCCUCAUUUCCAGAAGCUGCUGCAGGAAUUUGGGGAGACUCCUGUUCCUGUGGCCAACUGCAACGCAAAAGAAUACAAUGCAAACCCCAAACAAGUGAUGCCUUUUAAAGAAUUCAUCCAGUACUGGAAGGAGCACAUCCAGAAUGGACAUUCGUCCCCUAAAGGAUGUCUCUAUCUUAAAGACUGGCACAUGUCCAGGGACUUUCCUGAUCAUCACGUUUACACCACCCCCAUCUUCUUUACAUCUGAUUGGCUGAAUGAAUACUGGGACACACUUGAAGUGGAUGACUACCGCUUUGUCUACAUGGGCCCCAAAGGAUCCUGGACGCCAUUCCACGCCGACGUGUUCCGCUCGUACAGUUGGUCGGCCAACAUCUGCGGCAGGAAGAAAUGGCUGCUGUAUCCUCCCGGACAGGAGGAGUUCCUGAGAGACACGCACGGCAACCUCCCCUAUGACGUUACAUUGGGAGAGCUUCGCGACAGGAGCCUUUUUCCUCACUCCCUGGAGGCCUGCCAACCGCUUGAGAUCAUCCAGGAGGCUGGUGAAAUUAUUUUUGUGCCCAGCGGAUGGCACCAUCAGGUUUAUAAUCUGGAGGACACCAUUUCCAUCAAUCACAACUGGCUGAACGGCUGCAACGUGGACAUCAUGUGGCAGUUCUUGCAGAACGAGCUGUCUUCGGUGCAGAAAGAGAUCGACGAGUGGAGGAACACCAUGGAUUCGUGGCAUCAGCACUGUCAGGUCAUUAUGAAGGCCUGCUCCGGCAUCGACUAUGGGGAGUUUGCGUCGUUCCUCAAAAUCGUGGCGGACAACCGCAUGACUUUCCUGAACGCCCGCCCCUCCGGAGACGGCGCCGACUACCCGCGCCACCUCUCGGAGGUGCUCGUCACCCUCGGGCCUUACCACGCGGCCUUCGACUUGCAACGCGUGGCCCACAUCCUGGAGCUCCUGCUGUGUAAUGAGGAUUUCAAGCUUCUCAACCACUCGGCGUCCGCCGUGCAGCCGGAAACGCUGUUGCAGCAAAUUCGGGACACUAUACAGUCCACCAGGGGGCAGCAUCUUUAUCCAGACUGAUAGGUUAGGUGGAAUGCAGACAUUUUAGGUGCAAGAAGGUGACUACUUUUUAAGCCCCGGAGUCUAAACCAAGCUCAUAUCCAUGAAAACAGUAAAAGCAUAGAUUCUAUUUUCAACUGUGAAGGUAGCACUUCACUUCUACUUACUUUUAGAUGGUAGUUCUUCAGGGUGACCCAACUGUUGCUUGAAAAUAGUGGAUCUUGGUCCAGUGUGAGUGGUAAUAGGCGAAAUUCAGAUGUAGGUCGUAGCUAGCAGAAGGCGUCCUUGGUUGUUUAAAUGUCAGCAAAACAUAGAAUCAUAUUUCGUUGCUUCUGAAACGUCAAUGACCUUGCAUUGUUUUGCAACUUUAUUUAUGCAUAGUUAGGCAUCUUGGAUAUAGCUUGAAUGCAAACGAAAACAUUUGAAGGCACUUUGAUACUUAUGAUAUAUUAUUUCAUACACCAUUUAAUUAAAACUCUUGACGUUUCAUGACAUGA